CUUUAUAGUCUAUGGUAUUGUCCCUCUACUAUAAUAGGUACUAAAUCUAUGCUCUACAACAAGACCUCGUAGUGUCAAUUUUCAAAUCAGCUGUUGUCGUUGUUUGUUGAUAUGUCAUUUAUAAUCCUUUGUAAUUUGUAUGACAGAAAUCAGAAUGUCAUUUGUAUUGUAACCCUAAUAAGAAUAUAAUUUCUUAACGAGAAUAUUAUUAUACAUAUUUGAAAAGUUACACAACAUAACUCAGUUUAUAUAUUAUAAUGAAGCAAAUAUGAUUUCACUUGUGGCUAAAAUUAUAAAUGUUUUUGCAACGAGCCUGCAAACUAUUCUACUGAUAGCAUCGUUUACAGGAAAACUGAUUGUUUCAGCAGGAACAUGGAUCUCGUCAUUAAUAAUAAACAGUAUCAGAAACAUUAUUACGUUUUUUGAAAUAGUGUAUGAAGAUAAUGUAGCGAUAUUUACUGAAGAAAUACCGGCCUCUGUAUAUGGGGUAGUUGAUGCGUUUGUCAACCAAAUAAUUCGCAUACAAGAUGGUGUUGUCAAUAUUGUGAACGAAAUAUAUUUAGAAUUCAAUGAACUUUUAAGCACUGCUAACUGGUUAACACGAGCAGUUGGUAUUAUGAUAAGUGAAGUUUUGAUUUUACUAAAGAAUUCUGUGAUAUUUAUUGGUGACACUGUGUGGCUUAUUAUAACAUUUGUGCCUAUAUAUCUUCCGCAAUUGUUGAGAGCAGUGUUUAAGUAUAUUGGACUGAUCAUAGGCAGUUUCAUAGUAGAUGCCUACAUGACAUUGUUGAAAUUCACUAAUUGGUUAACAGAAGUGCCUUUACAAUCUUUUAUGGGAAUUACAAGUGCUAUAAUAAUUGUACGUUUGUGUAUUCAUUUCAGAGAAGCCAUAAUAAAUCACAUGACCAUGCUGUAUUGGUCUUUGAUAAGAAAUGUUUUGUAUUUAUAUUAUUUACUUUUUAAUUAUUUUACUAACUCAGAAGUUGGCUUAAUAGCUCAAAUGGCUGGUGGGCAAGACUUAGGUUCUAGUGAUAUUAAUUAUUAUGAUUCUUCUAAUGUAGAUGACCCUGGUGAUGGGGCAGACUCACUAUGUGUUAUAUGCCAAGAGAGGCAAAAAUGUGUUCUAACACUGCCAUGUCGACAUGUCUGCUUGUGUACUGAUUGUUGCAGACGCCUUUAUGGAUAUCAGCGCACUUGCCCUAUUUGCAGAACAUUUAUCUAUCACACAGUUACUGUGUACUUGUGACAUUUAGGAAUAUCAACUUAUACAUUCCUCAGGUCUAAAGCAUUUAUAUUGUUAUCAGUCCUUGUAAUGAAUCUCAAGUGCUACUUAUAUUUACAUACUAAGCGUAGGUACUUGUUUACUGUCAAGACUCUGUAUAAACAUGUUUAUUUUUUUUUAGAAGUACUGAACCAAAAAGUUAUUUUGUUAAUCGGAAAAAUAAUAUUCUUUUGUAACAUGGGUAAAUUAAAACAAUAAGCCAUCAAAAAAUAAAUUAUUUUAUUUGAGAAUGGUUAAAUUAACUGAUUCACCUUACAUCCUACUUAACUAAAGUAUUUUGGUUUAAAGGAAUAAAUAAAUCAUGUCAUCAAUUCAACUUUUUCAAUAUUUUUACAUUCAAGUGGUUAUCAAAUUGUUCAUGGUAAUAAGAUCCAUACACAAAUAGAAAUAAUAUCACAGUUAUGAAAAAAAUUGAUGACAAGAAUUAAUGUACAUCACAAGUUUGUGUUAACAUAGCUCAAAUGUAGUUUUAUUUAUACUUUACACAGACAACAACUGAACUAUUAUUUCUUAAUAAGUGUAUUCAUCCUUCAAGACAGUGAGAUUGAAUGUUCUUCAUUUCUUUAUUCUCACUUGCACAAUACUAUAACUAUAUACUCAUUAUAGCAUAACAAGUACUGUCAGGUACACCACUUGCUGAAUAAUUCACAAAAUAUUAGCAGUAGAUGCUAGGUUAAGAUAUAUCAUAAAUAGGCAUGGUCUCAAUUAUAAACCUUUAUCACUUUUAUAUACUAUUUAAUAAAUUACCAUUUAAAUUUCUACACAGUUCCUCCACAAUCCUAAUUUUCAAUAGGGGUGUCUCAUGACUAAGAUCUUAUAAAUGUUUUUAAAUAUAAAUUAUUUAAUAGAGCAUGCAAACAUUACAGCUAUUAAUUUCUAAAUCAGAACAGAAGAAAUAUCAAUGCUUUUACGACUACUGAGAAUUCUAGAGAAAUAAAUAAAUUUUGACACAAGUGUUGAAUGAGACCAUUUCUCCUAAAAUGAUUAUUCUAUUUCAAAUUGUUAUUGUUACAAAUGCCUCAAACGUGAGCUUAAUCCAUAGUUCUCUGGCCCUCUCUCUUCAACAUGUAAAUUUAAUGCACUUCUUCUAUGUCGUGCAUUAAGGUUCAAAUCUUUAAAUGCAAUUUUCACAUCUUUAAAUGCAUUUAACAUAAACACUGCUGUGAUUACAAUUAAGAAGCCACAUAUACAACCUACAAUAUCAGGAAUGUUCAUAUGGUCCCAUUCUUUAAAAAGGAUUCCUGAUGCUAUAAUAACUAAUACAGUAAACAUGACAUAGUACACAGGAGUAACAACACUGGUAUUGAAAAUGUCCAGUGACUUAUUUAAAUAAUUCAUCUGAAUCAUAAUACAAACUACAGCAGUUAUAAAUAAUAACCAAAAAAUGUAAUUAGUAAAAUUAUUAACAUUUCCUGAAAAACUUUCUCUUACACCUAAAGCAACACCCUUGCAAAAUACUACAGUGAGACUACCGGUUGAUGAGCAUAGUAGUAAAUAUACCAUCACAUUCGUGUUUCCAAACCUUGGUAUGAAGGCUAGUUUAAUUAUUAAACCCAUCAAGAAAAUUGUCCCCACAUAUGAUAAAAACAAAUAGUCUAAUAAUUUUUCCACUAACUCACUAAAGGUUGUUAUUUCUUCUGAUUUUGGAGAAUGUAUCACAAAUAUUACUGAUCCAAUAAUACAUAGAAAGCAUCCAAUUUUUCCAAUGAAAUUGAGUUUCUCUUUCAGAAAUUUUGAAGACAGCACUGCUGCAACAAGAACACUGAGUGCACCUAGAGGUGUUACUAGUGCAGCAGGAGCAAAUGCAUAUGCUAGAAGAUUGGCAGCUUCUCCAACACCCAUUGUGAUAAAACCAAGCCACCACAGCCAUUGCUUCAAAUAAGCAAAUCCACCUGCCGAUGCUCUGACAUUUCCAGAGGCUUGAAGUUUUCUUAAAGCAACUUUUUUAAUUAUAAAACUAGCGCCAAUAAACACACUUGACGAAAUUGCUAGACUUAAACCAAUUGUGAAAUGGGCGUUAUUGUAAUGCUGGCCAUUUAUAGUCAACUGAGAGGACUUCAUUGUUAAAGACUUAUUAGGACUUUAAAGAAUAUACACAUCAAUCAUUAGGAUAUCAUUGCUUAUUGUUGAAUGAAUCAUAACUUGAAUCUUAUCUAGUGAUAAUUGUAUUGAGGAGCAACGGUCAUUUUCGACACUGAAAAUUUGAUAUUAAUUUCUAAAUUUCUGGUUACAAUACUAUUGAUUAUAAAUAACCUUCUAUAAAUGCUUUUAUAAAAAUAAUCCUAUAUACCUAACACUGGGGCUGGGAGUCUUAAUCAAUCUGUCAAUUGACUGAAAAAUAACAUUAUGAAUUUAUGACAUUAGGUACAUUGUCAAAAUGACAAGUGAA